AUGCUGCUCCUCUCCUCCCCUUUCCUCUCCUCUAUUACCAGCCAAACAGUCAGGGGCUACUGUGAUCGGCAAUCGGAUUUCUUACCAGUGUGUUUCUUCUUCUUCUUCUUCUUCUUCUUCUUCUUCUUCUCCGUUAUAAACUGUCGAAUGAGAGGUCGGAAAAAACAAAACAAAAACAAAAACACGCUGACUCCUCUCCUCGGAUCAGGGAGCUCCCGUCUCGACUUCGCAUGCAGCUUCUUCGGCUCUUCUGCUGAUGUUUUUUCCCUCUCAUUCCCGCCACGACCUCCACACGCCUCCGCUGAAUGUGAACACUGA